AUGAUGCUCACCCGCUUUGUACCUGGACAUUACACUAGGGAUUUGUACCACCGAUUACAAACCUUAGUCCAAGGUAACCGAUGUGUGGAUGAGUACCACAAGGAGAUGGAGAUCCUAAUGCUUAGAGCGGAUGUACAGGAGGAUCCUGAAGCCACCAUAGCGAGAUUCUUGAGCGGGUUACGACCCGAUAUUGCUGAACGAGUGGAACUUCAACAUUAUAUGGAGUUGCAUGAGCUUGUAGACAAGGCUAUUAAGGUCGAGCAAAGGCUCAAGAGGAGGGGUACCACUCGAUCGAAUUUCGGCAAUACCACCUACUCUACCAACCGCCCAUUCCAACCAAGGAAUGAUUCUCGGCCUUCACCAAAUGCUCAUACUCCAAAGCCGAGAUUCGAGGGAGGUAGGUGGGCAACCCUAGUUUUUAGUAAGCCGCCCUCUUCUACUCCAAAAUUCGAGGAGCCUAGGGCACAAACUAGGGCUCGUGAUACUCGAUGCUUCAAAUGUCAAGGUAGAGGCCAUAUUGCUAGUCAAUGUCCCAAUCAAAGGACUAUGAUUAUGAUGCAAGAUGGCGAGAUCGUGAGUGAGGACGAAGCCGAAUACGAAGGCAUGCCACCCCUUAAAGGAGGUAGUGAUGGUGAGUCACCAAAUGAAGAGGAGUUUAGUUCACCCGAGGGUCACUUUGGGACUGCCUUGGUUGCAAGUAGAGCAUUGAUGGCACAUGUUAAGGAGGACGAGCUUCGGAGAACAUCUUCUACACUAGUUUCUAUGCAGGCUAGUCACAUUAUACUAGGUAGGCUGUGGCAGUUUGACAGGCAGGAAUAUGCUGAUAUCUUUCCUGAUGACGUACCAAGUGGAUUACCACCGCUUAGAGGCAUUGAGCACCAAAUAGACUUCGUCCCUGGAGCUUCGUUGCCAAAUCGCCCAGCUUACAAAGCAACCCGGAGGAAACUAAGGAGUUGCAAAGGGUUUGUUAUAAGUGCGCAGGGAAUGAAGGUGGAUGACCAAAAGGUGAAAGCUAUCCAAGAGUGGCCAACACCAAGAUCGGUGGGUGAUGUUCGGAGCUUCCAUGGACUUGCGGGUUUCUAUAGGAGAUUCGUGAGGGACUUUAGUACCAUUGCUGCACCCUUGACCGAGUUGAUCAAGAAGAAUGAGAACUUCCAUUGGGGAGAUUCUCAAGAACAAGCCUUUCGCGCUUUAAAGUACAAAUUCACACAUGCACCUGUACUUGCUUUACCUGGCUUUUCUAAGACAUUUGAAAUUGAUUGUGAUGCUUCAGGUAUUGGAGUUGGAGCUGUGUUGAACCAAGGAGGAAGACCUAUUGCCUACUUUAGUGAGAAACUCAAUGGGGCUGCACUGAACUACUCAACUUAUGAUAAAGAGUUGUACGCCCUCAUUCGAGCACUACAAGUUUGGCAGCACUACUUAAGGCCUAAGGAAUUCAUGAUACACACUGAUCAUGAGUCCCUUAAAUACCUUAAGGCCCAACACACCUUGAGCAAAAAACAUGCAAGGUGGAUCGCAUUCGUGGAGUCCUUUCCGUACGUGAUUAAAUACAAGGCUAGUAGGUCUAAUGUGGUUGCGGAUGCACUCUCACGAAGGAGCACUUCUAUUGGCCGCACAUGA